AUGCCUCCAAAGAAGUGCAAAGCAAAAAACAAACUACAUAAGCUUGCAAUUGUUAUAAGCCCUGGAACAGUUAUAACGGACACUAGAAAACAGAAAUUUGUUAUCGAAGAACAUUUCGCUCAGGGAGGCUUUGGCCGCAUCUACUCAGAGUAUGGAAGGCCUAAAAGUUUGGCUAUCAAGAUUGAACCAAAAGGUAAUGGCCCUUUAUUUACCGAAAUAACAGUGUUCCAGAGGAUGUUGAAAAGUGAUUUGCUGGCUGCUUGGCAAGAAUGUCACAGUAUGUUUAAACCAUUUUUGUCUCACCUUGGUUUACCUCCUCAUUUGGGAAGUGGUGUGUUUGUAUAUAAAGGGGAAGAGCUACGUUUCUUAGCGAUGCCAAGAUAUAGUCGGUCCUUUGAAAGUUAUCGUGUAGAGUGCGGAGGCAAAGUAGAGCCACACAUUGCCCUUCGAAUUGCUAGGCAGUGCACAGACUGUUUAAGAUAUAUGCAGGAUCAGGAUUAUGUACACGGAGACCUUAAAGCCGAUAAUAUUCUGCUUGCAUCUGACGGGGAUUUUUCGAGGUGCUACUUAGUUGAUUUUGGUUUGGCUCGUAUGAUAAAGAGUAAUGUUGAUAAACCAGAUAAAAAAAGAGCUCACAACGGCACAUUAACUUUCACUUCUAUUGAUGCUCAUAGGGGUUGUUUCCCCUCUCCACGUGGAGAUUUAGAAAUACUUUCUUACAAUCUUUUGUUUUGGGUUGCUGGACAUCUUCCAUGGCAAGAUGUAGAAGACAGCCCCGAUAGCGUUUACUCUAAAAAAUCCGAUUUUUCUGAAAAUUAUGAAACAGAUGUUCGCGGAAUGGUUGCUGCUGAGGUCGCUAAAUGCAUCGUACAGAUGCUAAGAGUUGCAUAUGAAUCUCCUUAUAAUGGAAAGAUAGAUUACAGUCCAAUUAACAAGGUUUCUAAAAAUUUUUUUAAUUUCACCGCUGAUUAUUUUAUUUAG